AUGUGUUUUUACGGACAAUUCCGUCGAAAUUUUGCUUCCCUUUUUGACAUUUCUAAUCCACGUGUGUGGUUUAUUCAGGCAGAAGCUACUUUUCGAUGUCGUAAGAUCACCCCACAAGCUUCCAUGUUUUCUUACGUCGUCUCGCGCUCACCUGACUCCAUUGCAUCUGAAGUCAUUGAUAUUCUUGAUCAUAUGCCUGUUGAAGCGCCGUCUGAUAAACUUAAAGCAGCUAUCCUUAAACGCACAACUACGUCUGAUGAAGCUCGUCUCCAACAGUUACUUUCCGGCGUCGAGCUUGACGACCACACCCCAUCUCAGCUUCUAAGACACAUGC